AUCAUCAUCCAGUAAGCUUUUCUUAUAAUGUGUUGGUAGAGAUAAUGAACUUAAAUUACUCCAGUUGGUUGCAUGAAGUGGCAUUUUUUCACAAAUUUGAAAGUAUUCUAAGAAAUUGUAAAAUGAAGGCGUCUGCAAUCAUUCUGCAAAACAUCCUCCCCAGUGAGUUUCAAAGAAGCCAUAAUGUCGUGAAAAAAGAGAUUAUACAUCGCACAUUGUACGAUCUUUCUCAUUAGCUGCAGCUCAAUAGACCUAUUGUUGGUAAUAAUACUUCCAACGGAUCCCAAUUGUAACGUUCGAAGCUAAAGUCUAGAGUGACAUCUUUGAGAUGGCAGUGAAGGUGCAUAUUUCGUGUUACUGCUUUGUUUCCAUAGAGUGCUUGAAAAUUUCUGCAAAACUUUAACAGCAUGCCAUCUGCCAUGAUAAUGUUGUCUUGACUGAGCAUUGGUUUGCAAAGAUAGCCACAUGCCAACACAAACACUUGCCAACAUUUUAAAUGUUCGGCUUGCAGUAUAUCUUUCAGUGCAUACAUAGAGUAGACUAAUGUCCAGUUCUUCCAUUGUUCUGCCGUGUACGAACACUGAUUAGACGAGAUGUUCUUUGGCAAACAUCCCAUUCCUGGUGGCACCUCCAUCUUAGCCAACCUUUCUUCAAUUGGUUUUAAUUGCUGUUUGGAAAGAUGGCCUUCGGAGACCCAUAAUUUAAAAACAUGUUUUGCAGUGCCCAGGAAGAGGUUGUGCAUUGGAUCCAUAGAUAUCUUAUAUACACUAGAUAGUGCAUCUAAUUAUUCUGCAAUUCAAAAAUUGAAGCCGUGACUGCAGUCUCAGGUCAUUCCCAUGAAAUGCGAAGACUCGUAUGUUUUCAAUUUCUUAAACAGGGAACUUAAACAUUAAGUUAACCCCAUUCCAAAUACGUUUUUAACUCAAUUCAAUCCGCCAAUAUUAAUUUCCAACGUAUAUGACGGGAAGAUUAAAUAUUAAAGAACUCCGCGAGUAUUUGCAGUAGAAAUACGAAAAUACCACCAAAAAAAUUCCGCUUGAUUGAUACUAUAUAUUCCGAAAUAUUGAUAUAAUUUUAUUGUUUCUCGCUCAUUAAUUCUUGCAUAUAAUUUUAUUGUUUCUCGGCAUUGGGAGUCGUGUCUGGAGUUUCAAGGCAAGUAUUUUUAUCAUUUCCAGACAAUUUCUAUUUCAAUGUUUUGCCGUUGCCAUGGCGUUGUAAAUUUAUUUGUAUUUAGUAUAGCUUCACUAGUACGAUCAAGUAUGUCCUCAUAUCGCUUUUUUGUAUUGAAAUAAUCCUUUCAUACUGAAAUUGACAAAUAUAAAUGGUAUUUAUUGAUACUGUUGACGAAAAUGUAUGGUGUUUUAGGCACAAAAAAUCUCUGAUUCCUAGGCGAAGUAAAAUAAUAAAGAAGGGUCUUGCAGUCCACCAACCUUGAGAGGUUGAUUGCCUUUUAGCAUAUGCAGGUUUGGUAAAGGUAGACAGUGAGAUUGAAAAUUAUUGGAGUGUAAAACCUUAUAUCAUGGUCUGUGGGCAAUAGAAAUAAUUUCUCGGGUUAGGUACAAAGCGCUUAUGGCGUUUGUGAAUAUGGUACGUAGAUCCUGUCACUAAAGGCUACAGCAAUAAACAUUAUCAACUACUGUACCAGCCGUCACAGAAUAUUGUUCGUGACAAACACACUGUCAAAUCAAGAAAUAGGUUGGGGAUUAGGCAGUUCAUGAAAGAUGGCCUACUAUGUGGGAGAUAAAUCUGUGAGUUGCUGGAGACAGUCCUAAUGGUUAUAUUGCGACUUUGAAAUUUAUACAGGAAAAAGUCCAGAUAUUCAUCGCAACGGAUUUGGUUAUAGUGUUUUGUGGUACAAUAUAAAGGAAAUAUUUUCACCACAUAAUCCAAUUAUGUGCUUUGGCAAACAUUACUGCUUUGGCAAACAUUACUGCCUUGGAAAACAUUAUUGCCUUGGAAAACAUUACUUUUUUAUAACUACUAAUGAUGAUGCCAGCCCAACAACACUUGGUCAUGCUAUAUGCAAAUAUUUUCAUGUUCUAGAUUGUGAAAACAAUCCAUUUCUAAACAAAUGAGUAGUGAUUAUUUCAAAUUUGAAUAGCAUGACCAAAUUUUCAGGCAGGUUAUGCCACUAAUAACUAAAGUCAAUGGUGUAAUGAUUAUCUAAGAAUGUAUGUAGUAACUGUAGAAAAAAAGAUAUUUUGCUAAUCAUGAUUUGAGUGUUCAUUUGUGGGUAUCACAGACUUAUUUUGGUGCCAUACUAUCGUUGGAGAGUACGAAAUAUUGGAAAUUUGUAUUGAUAAUAUGUUGCGGCAAUGAAAAAGGACCUUUGAUAAAGGUAUUUGUUUCAUGUGAGCACAAAAUGUAAAUUUUACUCCACUACAGAGUUUAUAUAAAAAUUCAAUAAAAAUACUUCUAUUUAUGCUACAUGCAUGAAACUUCGGGUACUUGUAGAUCAUAACCGUGUCUUUAGUUAUAUUCAAUUUUUUGACAUAUUUGAAAUUUGAACCGCUAAAUACAUUUAUGCAUAAUUGCAACAUUUUUUAUAUUAUAAUUUAUGCAAAUUUAUGCAAGUAAUUUGUUAACCAAGCCCCGGAUGAAAUUGAAAUUGGUAUCGUUGGAAAGCAGAAGAAGUCGUCCUCUUUCGAAUGAUGCCAUUUCUGUUUCCGCACGAUGUAUAGUUUGGAAGAUAUAUGCGUUUGAAACAACACCACUCGAAAUUGCUACUUUUCGACCGGAUGGGAAUGAGUUAAACUAUUCAAAUGAUGACAGUUAUUGUUGUUUUUAAGCGUUUAUUAGCAAGUGGGAAUGACCAACAUGGCCACCAUCUACUCAAAUGGGGGUAACCACUGGAAUAUUCUUGGCUUCAAUUUUACUAAAAUAGAUACGCUAUCUAGUGUAUAUGAGAUAUCUAUGAUUGGAUCUAUUGCACAAAAUCUAAUCACAUCGAAUAACUUCAAAUCAAGCAAGGCAUGGUAAUUUAUUCCACCCUUUUUAGACAGCUUAACAAUUUUUGACUGCGUUUUAAUUUUUCGAAGUUUCCCUGCACUCCUUCUGUGAUCUGCAUUAGUCCGGCGAACCCAGCUAUCAUGAUCAAAUCCUGAAUAGUCGCGUUUCUCGCCAAAUGAUCCAGGAAAUCUUUUCUUACAUUUGGAGCCACCAAGUUCUCCAAUGUGUCCUUUCAAGCCACAUAACUUUUUCGAUGCUGGAAUAUCGAACGAUGUGCACAACAAUGCUGCUCGAAAUGUGAGUGGCACAACAGUGAGACUUGAUGUAAGUAGUACACCUUUCCAUAACGCUUUUAGCUCUGCAACUGCCGGUCGUAGAAAUUUGUUUAGGUUUUUUGGUUUGUGCUCCAUAGAUGGAACUAUGCCAACAACGAUUACAUUUUCCCACUUAAACCUCUCACUGCAGGGUAAAUUAAGAAGCACCAAAUACAAAACACAGACAGAGUAAUUCUUCCUAUGCUUCAUUGGUUGAAAAUAAUCGAAAUUUAACAUUAGACCAUAGUUUCUUGGAGUAUUCAAAAAACUUCACUGUUAAACUUUUGAAAAUCUUUCCACAAUUGGCCAUGGUAUACAUCCAUUAGAAUAUCAUCAUAAUUGCCACUUGUUCCAUUCGAUCUCCAUUUCUCACACUUUUCCACAAAUCCAGGUUUUUGUUACCAUAUUUUCCAAAGUAUUUAUAAUACUGUUAUAGCAGUAGUAAUAUAAUGGAUAAAAUUUUCUUACAUUGUCCUUCAGUGUAACGUUUUUGACCAAUUGGGUAUUGCAAACGGGACUUUUUCCUCUGGAAUAUAGUUUAUUCAAACACUGCUUGGCAAAAUACUGACCAUUCCUAUCGACUAAGCACUCUCCAUAUUCAUAGCACUUGUAACACUUUGGGCAAACAACAUAUUUGGUAAAAUCAUCCCUGUCAAUCUUUAGAAACUGCCUUAGCAUAUAUAAUGAGGUUGGAAAACCUGCAAUGAGUUCUUUGAUAACAGAAUCUGAAACAUGGAUGUUAAGUGCACGGAAGAAUUGAAACAGAAACUUUAAUAACCAGGCCAGCCCAUUAUCACUUAUGUGACAGAUACUCUGCCAAAUAAGCAAGAAAUAUAAAAGCCACUGCAACAAAGAGGUGACGAAAUGCAGUUUACUGCGCUUCCUUUCAGGAGUAGGGAGUGGCGGAGGUGAAGAGAUAUCCUGAUCAAGUACAUCUUGAUCAUUGUCUCCAAUGUUCUUGUCAUACAAAGAUUAGUUUAAGAAAACGAUACUCACUUAUUAUAUUUUCCAUUUCGAUUAUCUUAUUUUACUUCAUAAUAACUGGUGCAAAUACUAACAUUAUCGUUGGUGUAAAUAGUUCCUUGAGCAUGUGCAUUUUAGCAUUGCUUUUAAGUACAGGUUUGUUUGUUUGCUUGUUUGUUUGUUUGUUUGCUUGUACGGUAAUUGAUACUUGAACUUCUGCAUUUCAUUGUUAUACAUAUGUAUAUCGAUCACAGUCAUUUAAUAUUCAAAAAUUUCCAGUAGAAAUCAAGCUCAUUAAUUUAAACUUUAAAGUAACGUAAUUUGGACAGCAGAGUACAGUGGCAUUGCAAAUGUCAUGUUUUACAAAUGACCUCAUCACACUGGUUGUCCUUAGGUCCAUGGUUAAAAUAUUCCAGUCAUUUAGUGCACUAUUUAUUGAGUUCAUUGUUCCCCAUUUAGUUGCAGCUCAUUCCUUGCGCAUU